AUGACCGUCCCGCACCCCAGCGACGAGGCGCUCGACGCGGGGCUGGGCGGCGAGCGCGGCGCCGCGCUGCUGCGGGAGCUCCGCGCACGAGUGGGCGCGCCCGGUGCAGCUCCGAUGUGCGUGGCGCCCGAGGCUGCGCCGGACCCCGCGUCCCGGUCGCGGUUCGUGCUCCUCGGGGAGCAAGCGGCGCUGUUGCGGCUCGGGCGGGGCGGGAGGCCCGCGCAGGCCGCGGCGCUGGAGGGCGCGCUCGACCAGUUCCGAAGCGCGCGCACCAUCUGGCUGCCGCGGGCUGCCUGUACGGGCGGUGCGGGAGUGAUCGGGCCGGAUGGGGCGCGCCUUCCGGGUCAGGUCGUGCCGCUGACCCGCGCAGAGGACGUCGUCGCGCUGCUGCUGUACCUGGGCGGCAGCGGGAGCGACAGCGCAGGUGGCGCGCGCCGCGCGUUGCCGACCACGGGCAGCAAGGCGGGGUGGACGCCGGACCUGGACCUUCUCACGGAGCUCUCCGAUCCGUGGCGCGACGACGAGCCAGACAGCCGCGCUCCGCGGCCAGAGCGGCGGACCAACGCCACGGCGCAGCUCCCCGCACCGCCUCCCGCGGCGCCCGAGCUCGUCAGCCACGGAUGGGGCGCACACAGCACGCAGCUAGCUACCAGGGACGCGCCUCAACCAGCGAACCAAGUCCGCGGACCCGGAACAGCACACGCGAGCUCCCUGUGGCAUGUCGCGGUUCAGGAGCACGUCGCCAGCAUCCCCCCGCCCGCGCCGGACCCGCUGGCGUGGGCGCGCGCCGGGACGGCGCCCGCAGCGGCCCCGGAGGACGACGCGGCGGCCCACGCCGCCCGUGCGCUGCUGGGGGUGUAUUCCUCUGCCACGUGGUUGCUGGGCGCGGGGGGCGGCGCGCGGCUCCCGGCGGCCGUCGCGAGCGCCGCAGAGGCGGCGGUGCGGUGCGGCCUGCUGCGCACGCGCCUCUCGGCGCUCGCCGCGGCCCUCGCGCGGCCCUCCGGCAACGCCCUGUGCCCCGCGCGGCAUGCGCUGAGCACGGCCGUCGAGGCGGUGCUGGCCGAGCAGGCGCGGGAGGUCGCGGAGCUGCCGGAGACGGUCCUCGAGCGGCGGCGCGGCGAGGCCGGCACGGCGGCGUCGCUCGGGCCCGUCACGCUGCUGGAGACGCUGACUCAUGGGGGGGCGUUGGUCGCUGACGUGGAGUGCGUCGCGCGGUGCCUGCUCGUCGCGGACGGCGCCGGCGGCGCGGGACAGCUCGACGCGCUCCUCGAGGCGUCCGCCGUCGAGGCCGCGGAGCGUGCGGCCGCCCGGCUGCCCCGGGGGGGGGUUCUGGCGUCCUACCUGCACGACGCGGUGUCGUCGGCGGCGCCGGCGCACGCCGGCGCGCUCGCGCCGCUCUACGCGGCCGUCCUCGCGCCGUGCGUCGCGUCCGCGCUCUGGUGGGCGACCACCGCCGCGCCGCUGCCCCACGCCGCGGCGGUCGCGGCGUGCAGCGAGGCACUCGCGCGCCCAACGCCGCGCGCAGCGGCGCGCUGGUGGCCGCGCUCGCCGACGCAGCGCGCGGGGACGCGGACGGCGCGCCUGCGCGCCGCGUCGCGGCCGCUGUGGCCACGUGCCCCGCCCUGCCGGCGCAGGCUGCGUCCGCGGAGCACGCGCUGCGGAUGCUCGGAUUCCAACUGCGGCUGUUGGCGGAGGUUCCUGACGCGCAGGCGUUUGUGCGCGCGGUGUGCGAGGCCGCGGAGGCCGCGUUCGGCGCGGCGCCGGUGGCGCGCGACCCCUGGGACGGCGUGGGGGGGGUUCCGGCUGACGCGGUGGGGAUGUGGGGCCUCCGCGACGCCGGUGCGGCGGGGCGCGUGCUCGACGUCGGCGCGCCCGACGCGGCAGGGAGCGUGCUCGGGCCCGCCGGCGCCGGCGCGGCACAGCUCGCGUCCUGCGUCCUCCAGGGCCCCGCGAAACUAG